UAACAAAGCAAGUUUAGAUCAGUCACUAUGCGCAUCUUGUGCGCAGUGAUGAUUAUCCAUAAUACACUAAAUUAUUUCAUCCUAUUGGUCAACAUGACACGCCGUUAAGGAAGUAGGCGCCGCCAUUCAGCAGUCGGGAAAAUGACAGCGCACAGGUGCAAUAUUUAUAUGCUGGCGGUCCUCCUUUGUGUAUUAGUAUAGGUGUUUGUUACAGCAGACCUACAAGAAACAAAUCAGGUGAAAGAUGCCGAGGGCCAAACCCAUGCUGCGGAAGAGGAGAGGCAAUGGGAGGCUACCGAGGUCGAAACGAAUCUAUCGUUAACAGAUACUCCAAGCGACAACGAAGCUGACCAUGUUCAAACCUAUGACAUCCCUCAACCACCUCCCGCAAAAGACCAAAUCCAAGAGGCCGCGGAAGAGAAGAGGCGGGACUCCCUCGAAACGAAUCUAGUAGAUGUUCCAAGCGACAAAGUUGACCAUGUCUCUGACACCAAGAAAACCCUAGACGUCCCUCCACCACCGCCCGCAAAAGACCAGUUUCAGGAAGAGUUGGUGAUCAGACCACUGCAUUCUGGGGAUACUUACGCCAGCUUCCAGUUCCGAACCUUGUGGGAUACGGACUUCUUGCGAGGAAGUAAAGUCUCCCACUACCAACUCUUCCCGAAGUCUCUGGGCCAGGUGAUUUCGAAGUUCUCUGUGCGUGAGCUCCACAUCUCCUUCACUCAGGGCUACUGGAGGACCAUGCAGUGGGGCCAGCCUUUCCUACCGUCGCCCCCUGGUGCCGAACUGUGGGUAUAGUUUCAGGACACUGUCACUGAUGUGGAUGUUGCCUGGAAGGGGCUGACCAACAUCCUCUCGGGGAUCUUCUGUGCCUCGCUGAAUUUCAUUGACUCCACCAACACGGUGCAGCCCAGUGCCUCCUUCAAGCCUGUAGGCGUGGGCAAUGUAACUAACCAGCGCUUCCUCCGCUAUGCUGUGUUGCCGCGGGAGAUCGUUUGUACUGAGAAUCUGACGCCGUGGAAGAAACUCCUUCCCUGCGGCUCCAAGACUGGUCUGGCAGUGCUAAUGAACUCUGAGAAACUCUUCCACAGCAGCUUCCACUCCCAGGCUCUACACAUCAGACCUGUGUGUCAGGACUUCAAGUCCACAGCGUGGGAGCUGAGACAGACACUGAAUGUGGUGUUUGACCUGCACUCCUCUGACCAGGGCAAACGAGAGUGGUCCCUGUUCAAGAUGUUCUCUCGUACCCUGACUGAAGCCUGCCCCCUGGCCUCCUCCAGUAAAGUGGACGUGGACGUCACAGACAACCCUCAGGGGGAGCUGUUUGAAUUGAGUCCAGCCACUCCCCUGUUGAGCCAGGCUGUGGUGCUGGGGGAUCGGAGAACCUACUCGGUCUACGACCUCACCAACCAGGCAACGUUCGGACAGACGCGCUCCCUCAACAUGCUGCUGCGCUGGAGAGCAGCCGAAAGUGGAGACAUGCUGCGCCCUCUACUUCACGGAGAGCGCUACGUGGCGGGCUACGGGCUGCAGACGGGGGAGAUCCACACCCUGGUGUACAAUCACCACCCAUACCGGGCCUUCCCUGUGCUCCUGCUGGACACCGUGCCCUGGUACCUGCGCCUCUACAUUCACACGCCCAUCGUCACCAGCAAGGGUCGCGACAACAAACCCAGUUACAUCCACUACCAGCCGUCCAAAGACCGCCUUCAGCCCCACCUGCUGGAGAUGUUGGUCCAGCUGCCUCCUAACUCUGUGACCGAGGUCACCGUGCAGUUUGAGAGGGCACUCCUGAAGUGGACGGAGUACACCCCCGACCCCAACCACGGCUUCUACGUCGGGUCUUCUAUUAUCAGCGCUCUCGUGCCCAGUGUUGUCGCCAUGGAUACCAACAGCACCCAGGAACACCCGCUUUUCAGCAGCUUUUUCCCAUGUAAAGAGGAGUCCAGUUACUUCAUGCGGGUCUACACGGAGCCUCUGCUGGUGAACCUGCCCACCCCUGAUUUCAGCAUGCCCUACAACGUCAUCUCCCUCACCUGCACCGUGGUGGCCGUGGGUUACGGCUCCCUCUACAACCUCCUGACCCGCACCUUCCAGGUGGAGGAGCCCAGUCCGGGCCUGGCCAAACGGCUAGCCAACAUCAUCUGCAGGCUCAGGGGUGUGCCACUGCUGUGAUGGGCCAGAAUGCUGUCAUGCUAAAGCUAACAACAUUAUCAAGCACAUUUUUGUGGUGGGGCAAUGAGGUCAGUGAUUACACCACUUGGGAAAUGUGAAGGUAAGUUUCAGGGAGAUGCUACUUUAAACAUUGGAAGCUUCUGCAAUAAAAAACAAAACUCUCAGUUCUGUUUUGUGGAGGACAAAGAAGUUAAACAUGAGACUUUAUGAAGUGUCAUGAUUCGAUGGACGCUUAAGGUAUUUUCCCACCGUGAGGAGCAAAAAGGGUGGCGUUUCUUCAGUGCACUACUACUGUUGGUGUAGUUGAACAGAGAAUAAGGCCUUUUCAAUGUUUGUAACGAAGGAACCAAAGUGUUUGCUGCAGGUUUCAGUGGGGAAAGUUGGCUGCUAGACGCGGCAGCAGAUCACAGCAAGCUCUGAUAUAUCUGUAACUGGAAAAAGUAAUUGCACUGUUUGUGAAGCCAUUGCUCUAGAAAGAUCUGAUGCACCUCUUCAAUCUCAACAGAAAUAAUAUUUGUACUUUAAGUUGAUGUUGAAAAGUUAAGUACACUGACGUACAGAACUUUCUUAACCAGUUAGUUGGAUUUCUGUAAACGUUUUGUUAAUUGCUCACAGAACCAGUCAACAUGACUUGUACUUGAAGAAAACCCAACCAUCUCUACAAGAAACGGCCAUUGAUUUGACCAGAUUUGUUUUAGCCAUCCAUUGUCUGUGUUUCUUAUUGACGUUUUAGUGUUCUAAAAAUGGCGGAAACUUUGGUAAGCCUUUCUAGCACAGAUACCCACCACUCAACUUUUAAGAAGUUUGCCAUGCAUUAUUUAAGAACUGAUUUACCAAGAAAAAUACACCCUUAAAUACAUUUGACUUUUUAAGACUGCUCAUUUUUUUGUGUAC